AUGGACUGGCGUAAUGCCAGAGGAAAUGAACAUGACGAUGGAGAACGUAUUAUCAAUGGGAAACAUUUUCUAGAAUUAGUUUUUACUGACAUGAGCAUUUUCUUGAAAAUGACACAACUCGACCUAAAUCGAAACAAAUGGUUCGAGUUCAAUAACAAGGAUUACGACGGAGACCUUAAAGAUUUCUGUAAUCAAUUCGAUCGAUUCGUUGAUUCAGAAAACCUUUGGAAAAUGAAGUUUGUUUCCCUAAACAACUGGAACGUUGGAACAGCACUCCCAAGGAUCCUGAAAAAAUGUGACACCGAGAGCUUGAAGUCAAUAAAACUAAAGAUGAAAUACGAGACAGCUGAAAGUAUGGAAAAUAUCGCCGCACUCGAACAGUGGAAUCAUGUUAAGGAAUUGGAAAUCGAAGUUCCAAGGGGAAAGAAGAAACCAAAUCUCGAAUACUUCAGCCAUGUCACAGAUUUGAACAUGACUUUCGAUUUUUUCACAAAUGAGUUUGUCCCAAGAAUUCAAGACAUGACUUUUGUUGAAGCCAGGUAA